AUGGCUUUGGUUCAAAAGUAUGGCAGACCAGAUUUGUUUAUCACUAUGACAUGUAACCCGAAUUGGGAAGAAAUUAAAAGUGAGCUACUCCCUGGACAAACAUCACAAGAUCGUCCAGAUUUAGAGGUCAGGGUAUUUCAUUCAAAACUUGAGCAACUAAAAGAAGACAUCAUCACCAAAGGGGUAUUGGGAAGAGUUAUUGCUCAUGCUUUCGUCGUUGAAUUUCAUAAACGGGGCCUACCACAUGUACACAUGCUGGUCAUGUUGGAUGAAAAUGAUAAGCUUAAUAACCCUGAAGAUUAUGACAGCAUUGUUAGAGCAGAAAUAUCAGAUAAAGAUGAAGAGCCUCAACUUUAUGAUCUGGUGUUGAAACAUAUGAUUCACGGUCUAUGUGGAACCUUAAACCAACAGUCUUCAUGUAUGAAAAAUGGGAGAUGCAAUAAAAGUUAUCCAAAAUCAUUUGCAAAUUUCACUGUGCAAGGAAACAAUGCAUAUCCUAUAUAUCGAAGACGAGCAAGUCGCUUACCAGUCCCUCUACGUAGAUCUGGAGACACAAUGGCGGAUAAUAGUUGGGUUGUUCCUUAUAACCCGUGGUUGUUGCUACGGUAUGAUUGUCACAUCAAUGUUGAAAUUUGUGGGAGCAUAAAGAGUGUCAAAUACUUAUAUAAGUAUGUCUACAAAGGUCCUGAUAGAGUUGCAGUUCAAGUGCAAUCUGACCCGGAGUUCGAUGAAAUAAGACAAUUUGUCGAUGCAAGAUUCGAUGCAAAUGAGACUGUAGAAGACAGUCUAGCAGAUGAGCAUGCACAGAAGUCUAUGCUUACUGAAUAUUUCACCAUGAACCGUAUGGAUUCGAAAGCAAGACGAUAUCUGUAUCAAGAAUUCCCUCAAUACUAUGGGUGGGAUAAUUAUUCUUCUUCAAGUGAUAUUGUUGAUAUUUCUGUCAGAAACAGGCUACUUCGAGAUCUAAACAGAAUGCUAGAACAAUUUAAUAAGGGCAAUGGAGAAUUUGAUCUGCCUGAAAUGACAAGUGAGCCAGAAGAUAGUCUAGGAAUACCGAGAUGUAUUGAAGACGAAAUUUCUAUAAAUAUCCCGCAAGAAGAUGUUGAUGCAAUUGACCACCUUAACAACGACCAACUGAUUGCAUUCAACACCAUAAUGGCCGCAGUUGAGGGAAGAGAAAGUGCAUUAUUUUUUAUUGAUGGUCCUGGAGGUACUGGGAAGACGUACUUAUAUCGUGCAUUGCUAGCAAACUUGAGAAGAAUGAAUCAUAUAGUCUUAGCCACAGCAUCAUCUGGAAUUGCUGCAAAUUUAUUGUCCGGCGGGAGGACAGCUCACUCUAGAUUCAAGAUUGCACUCAUUGUAGAUGCAUCAUCCAUGUGUUCCAUAAGUAAACAGUCUGCUCUAGCACGACUGAUACAAGAUUCCACUGCAAUUAUUUGGGAUCAGGCACCUAUGACACAUCGACAUGUGUUUGAAGCACUUGAUCGAACAUUUUGA